ACCAAAAAACAGAUGCUAUAUAAAUCAACAAGUUGCAAUCCAAUCAAUCAAUACUGUGUGCUUGUCAAUAAUUCGUUCGAAACGAAUUUGAUUAAAUCGUUGAUUUUCUCUUUCAUUUUUCGUUGGUUGUGUUGUGGUUUCAGGUUUCGCCAAACGUGCAAAUGCACACAGACAAAUGUAAUCUUCUUUUUUGUUACAAAUCAGAUAUUUUUCCAUAAGGCAAUAGUAAUAAAUAUUAUCCACAUUUCAAUUGACAAAGUCUAUUUGAUGCCAUAAAAAAAUUUUGAUAAUUUUUUUUCUAUUUGCCGCUAUAAAGUUUAGUAGCUAGGAUAAAGUUUUUUUAGUUUGCCUUUUCAUUAGUAUACCGCAUUGCUUUUUCGAAUCCCAUGUCCAUUGUGGCGUAUAGCGAUCAUCAUUAGUGAAGAUGGAUUUAAACCAUAACGACAAUCAUAAUAAUGAUCCAUUAGAUAGAUGGCAUAUGAUUAAAAUUGUGUUCAUUUUACAUGGAAUUUCCGCUUUGCUACCAUGGAAUAUGCUUAUCAAUGCAGACAGUUAUUUCGUCGAUUACAAAUUGGUUCGCCCAAAUCAAACAAUGAUGACCAACACUUUUUCAUCGGACCAUAUCGAUGCCGGAAUGAAUAUAACCGAAAUUAUUCAUUCGGAUAUUUUGGAAAAUUAUCGUCAAAAUUUCCUACCUUAUUUGAGUACAGCAUCCAAAGUGCCAAACAUCAUCUUUCAAUUGGCCAAUCUAUUAUUCUGUUCGAGUCCAAGAUCGUAUCGAAUUCGAAUGAAUUUAACAUUUCUGGUACAGAUAGCAUUGUUUAUCAUAAUGAUUGGUUUGGCUUUUAUCGAUACCAGUGAAUGGCCGGUAGUGUUUUUCUGGAUUACAAUGAUCAUUGCCAUUCUAUUCAAUACGGUGAAUGGAAUAUUUCAAAGUUGCAUCUAUGGAUUCGUGGCCAAAUUCCCGAUGAAAUACAUUAAUUAUGUUACAUUUGGAUUCAGUUUCAGCGGAACGAUAGCAUCCAUUUUUCUGAUUGUAUCACUAAUGUUAUCACCACAUCCUCGAACAGUGGCAUUAUAUUAUUUUUCAUUUGCAACCGGAUUUAUGAUUUUAUGCUAUAUUAAUGAAAUAUUUCUUCUUAAAAAUCUUUUCUUUAGACAUUAUUUCUAUGGAAACGAUUCAAAAACUUUGACGAAAAAUUCCCCAAUCACAAACAAUUUGCAAUUGGAUCCAAAUGUUCAACUGAAUAACGGCUGUGGCGAACAAAAUGAUAAAUUGACAAUCAAAACUUUUAAAUUUGUUUGGAGAAAAUGUUGGAUUCAACUAUUGAACACAGCUCUAAUUUAUUUUUCAUCCUUUGUUAUAUUUCCGGCUAUUCAAGCGGCAAUCAAACCGAUCGAUAAUUUGGUUGAUCAAAAAUUUUUCGCACCAAUAUUUUGUUUUUUAUUUUUCAAUACCUUUGCCUCCAUUGGUAAUUAUGUGGCGGAGAAACUACGUAAACCAAAACCAUCGGGUCUAAUAUAUUUAGUAGUGCUUAGAUUUUUAUUCAUACCAUUCUUUUUAUUCUGUAAUUAUAUUCCUGAUCAACGAAAGUGGCCAGUAUUGAUCCAAAGUGAUUAUAUUUAUAUUAUUGGAUCGGCAUUAUUAGCAUUUUCCAAUGGCUAUACAUCUAGUUUAGCAAUGAUGUAUGCACCGAAAUCAGUACCCGAGCAAUAUGCAUCGUUGAGUGGAAUGAUGGCAUCAGCCGCCGUUAUAAUCGGCAUUAUCGUUGGAGUUCAAUGUUCCAUGCUAUUUCGUGCACUUAUAUCAUAGACAAGAUUAUUUCUAAUAUUUAUCUAUUCAAAAUAAUCAAUAAUCAUUCGGUUUAUUUCAAUCAAUUUUUUUCUUGCUAAUUCAAUAAAAUCUAUCAAUUCAAUUUAA